AUGGGGGAGGCAACGCACAGCCAGCUGCCGCAGCACGCAGCUGCGCCCGGCCGCACCACCGCGCGCAAACGGCAACGGGGCGGCGGUGACGGGGGGCGAGGCGAGAGCGACGGCAGCGACGGCGGCCAACCCUCCUGCCCCUCCUCUUCGCUCGCCGCAGACCACGCGGGUGCGGGGGACAUGCCGCCGCGCAGCCCGGGGGCGCACAGGGGCUUUGCAGACGCGGUGGCGCACGCGCCGGCUUUCUCUGCCCUGUCAGACGCGACUGCUGCGGGCACCGCGGCCGACAGCGAGGGGGGGUCGUUCUUUCUUGUUCACAUCAAUGAGAGGCCCUCGCGUGUGGCCGCUCGCACGCCGUACGUCAAUCCUCGAAAGCUCUUCGGCCGCGAGGGGGUUCUGUUGCAGGACGUCACCGUGCGCCGCCACCCGCUUCUGCUGCUGCCGUGCCCGCACACAGGCAACGUCACGGUGCAUCCACGCCACCGCUACCGGCUGAUGAAGUUCGUCGGGGAGCACCUCUGCCUCGCGGGGGACUUCCACCCCGUGUCGGAUGAGGAGUGCCGGCAGCGCAGGGAGGACUCCUCAGCCAGCGCCCGACGACGGCGGCAGCGGCGGGAGGCGUGGGCCGCGAGCGAAUUGAUGGGCAUGAUGGCGUACCUGCAGUCGCACCCGCAGAGCACACCGGAGGACUUUGGGGCCCUUCCACCGGAGCAGGCGGCAUGGUACCACUCGCGCGGGAGGGCGGCGCUACUUGGGCCGGGCGCACACAACGAGCAUGCGAGCGACGACGAUGACGAGGCGGAGCUUAACAGCGAGGAGGACCUUGCUGGACUAAGCGGCAGUGACGGAGACCCGGAGCCGAAGCGUGUGCGAAGGUAA